UUGUCUAAGCAGCCAGCCUCAUUAUAAAAACAAAGCUACUAUUGGAAUGAGUUUGCCCAGCUACAGGAUCUGCAAAGGGUCUGGAAGGUACUGAUUACAGUUAAAGGUGCUUUCAAAUUUGAAUCCGUCUGCCUCUUUCCCCAUUGCUUCCACAGAAGACAAAGAAAAUUCUCUUGGAAAAGAUGAUACUGGAAACCUUGAAUCCAAUGCAUUACAACAUCACCAAUGUGGUGCCAGAAGCCAUGCCAGCUGCCACUGUGCCCAUACUCCUCCUCGCGGGCUUUCUUUUCCUAAUAUGGAAUUAUGAAGAAACAUCAUCAAUCCCAGGGCCUUGUUAUUGUAUGGGAAUCGGUGCCCUCAUUUCACAUGGGAGAUUUCUUUGGAUGGGAGUAGGCAAGGCUUGCAACUAUUACAAUAAGAUGUAUGGAGAAUUUGUGAGAGUUUGGAUCAGUGGAGAGGAAACACUUAUUAUUAGCAAAUCCUCAAGCGUGUUCUAUGUAAUGAAACAUGGACACUAUGUUUCUAGAUUUGGGAGCAAGCUUGGGUUACAGUGUAUUGGCAUGUAUGAAAAUGGUAUUAUAUUUAAUAAUAAUACAGCACUUUGGAAAGAAAUGCGACCUUUCUUCACCAAAGCUUUGUCUGGUCCUGGUCUUGUACGUAUGAUAUCAAUUUGUGUUGAAUCAACAAUAGAUCAUCUGGACAAACUGGAAGAGGUGACCACUGAACUGGGAAACAUCAAUGUGUUGAAUCUUAUGAGGCGGAUCAUGUUAGAUACUUCUAACAAACUCUUUCUCAGGAUCCCUUUGGAUGAAAAUGCUAUUGUGCUUAAAAUUCAGAACUACUUUGAUGCCUGGCAAGCACUUUUACUGAAACCUGACAUCUUUUUUAAGAUUUCUUGGCUGUACAAGAAAUAUGAGGAGUCGGUCAAAGAUUUGAAAGGAGCAAUGGAGCUAUUAAUACAGCAGAAACGUCAGAAGCUUUUCACUGCUGAAAAACUGGAUGAGCACGUGGACUUUGCAACACAACUGAUUUUUGCACAGAACCGUGGAGAUCUGACAGCUGAGAACGUUAACCAGUGUGUGCUGGAGAUGAUGAUCGCUGCCCCUGACACUCUAUCAGUGACUCUCUUCUUCAUGCUUGUACUGAUUGCAGAGCACCCCAAGGUAGAAGAGGAAAUGAUGAAGGAAAUUGAAACUGUUAUGGGUGACAGAGAUGUACAGAGCGAUGACAUGCCAAACCUAAAGGUUGUGGAGAAUUUUAUUUAUGAGAGCAUGAGAUACCAGCCAGUUGUGGACUUGAUCAUGCGUAAGGCUCUACAGGAUGAUGUGAUUGAUGGCUAUCCUGUGAAAAAGGGGACAAACAUUAUUCUGAACAUUGGACGAAUGCAUAAGCUUGAAUUCUUUCCAAAGCCUGAUGAGUUUUCUCUUGAAAAUUUUGAGAAGAAUGUUCCUUCUCGCUAUUUUCAGCCAUUUGGAUUUGGACCUCGGGGCUGUGUAGGAAAGUUUAUUGCCAUGGUAAUGAUGAAAGCAAUCUUGGUGACACUUCUGAGACGGUGCAGAGUACACACACAAAAAGGAAGAGGCCUAAACAACAUCCAGAAAAACAAUGACUUAUCCAUGCAUCCAAAUGAAAGGCAGCCCUUACUUGAGAUGGUUUUCACACCAAGAAGCAUUACAGGCAAGUGUCAGGGUGACUAGCAACAGAUCACUAGUGGUGUCUGUUCUAGGGCUGUCAUUGCCCUAGUCCAACUGAGAAAUGCCCACCCUUCCUAAAGGAAGUCACGAUUUCAUUAAACUAAACAUAUUCUUGCCCCUAAUAUAUGAGCACUUUAGGUGAUCUCCUAUUUUGCCUGAAGAGCUAAACCAGGUUUGGUCACUAUUCAAAGCUGACAAACAAGUUCCAAGUAUAUAAUCAAGUGCAGUUGGUGAAGUGUCACAUGUAGAAACUGUAAUUAUUUUAAGAAAUGCACCAUUCUGAAGAGAUUAGUCUCUGCUGUUUUCACACUGCAAGCUCAAUGUCCAUGACUGCAGACUUGGAAACCAAAGGGUUAGGGUUUUCUCUGCUAUACCAGAGGGGAUGCUUUUAGCAGAGCUCAAAGAGACAUCAUCAGUUGUUGACUGUUAUAAGAGCUCUAAUAAUGUGUCUUCAGAACCAUUUUAAUAAAAUACUACCGAUGUUCACUUAAA